AUGUCCCAAGACGUUCAAAAGUGCUUGAGAAAAUUAGAAAUUAUACGCCGACAGAUCGAUUGGGAGGUGAAAAAUGAACGAAAAAUGUUUAUUAGUCAGCUCGACAAGUUGAUCGAGGCCUGGACGAAACAAGCUUCAAUUUCCAAACGGCAAAGAAGCGAGCUCGAACUCUCUAUCAAACUUCAAGAUAUUUUAGAGCCGAAAGAAAUCAACGAUGUUCUCAUCGAUUCGCUGACGUGGAAAAUGCAAUCAGACGCAAGAGUAUUCAUCCAGUUUUUGAUCGAGACCGGUUACGAGGACGAGCCCGACUUCAACGAGGACGCCGGGCCACUGGCGCGUCGCAUCACACCGAUAAAUCACGCGGCCAGAGGCAGAUCGGGCUUCAGGCAUAUCCUCAUUCCCGAACUCUUUCAAAUUUAUCACCGAUUCGACGUCAAUUACAUCGACGAGUCCGGUUUGACUCAUUUCCACGUAGCCUGCAUGUCCGGCUGCGACGACGUCGUCGAGAAAUUUCUCGAGCAUGGCCAUGAUCCCAACUAUGUCUGGCGGGAGACGGGCGACUCCCCGCUCCACAUGGCUUUGUACUACGGAAACAUGCGCAUAGUCCAUCUGCUGCUGAAAAGCGGCGCCGACCCGAACUUGGCCAACAAGGCGGGCUCGACGCCUCUGCACGUCAUCUGCCGGGAGAGCUCGAAGGGUCUGGACGUGGCCGUGUGGCUGUUCGAGGCCAGCCACGAGAAGUAUCGUCCCGUACAGGUGGACGUCCAGGACAAGGUGGGCAACUCGCCGCUGCACCUGGCUCUGCGCUGCGGCGGCCAGGAUCUCUUCGAGUGGCUGCUGAAGAGAAUCACCAAGCCGAAUCUGGCGGACCUGGAGGGAUGGACACCGCUCCACUUGAUAUGCGACAGGGAGGACGAGGACCGUGCCAGGAAGGAGGACGAAUCACGCUGUUUCCUCCCCUUCCACCCCACCAACGAAUUCCGCUUGGUGAAGCUGUUUCUGGAUCUCCACGGCGAUGAGGUGCGAGUCGAUGCGCGGGACAGAUCCGGCAACACGCCGCUGCAUCUGGCUCUGGCGCGCCAACGCCUGAACGCGGCCGAGCUGCUGCUGACACGGGGCGCCGAUCCGAAUCUGCCCAACGCCGAGGGCGUGACGCCUCUGCACUUGAUCUGCCAGCACGACGAUACGGAUCACCUGGUGGCGAAGUUGUUCCGGCUCUGCGACGCGAGGAAUCAGCUGGUGUACGUCGACGCCUGGGACGACAAGGGCCGGACACCGCUGCAAUGGGCCGUGGCUAAAUACUUGACUAGAACGAUCGACUUGCUCCUGAUGCGUGGGGCCGAUCUGACCGACUUCGUUUUCCCGUCAGAGAGUCAAUUCGACUUGAGCGUUUGCAGGUGGCGAGACCAGGAGAGUCGCUUCGAAUCGAGAAAAUGGGCGUCCAUGGUACUGGAGAUCGUCGAGCGCCUUCACAGAGGAGGAUACAGAUUGGAGCUGAACGACGCCACGACCUACAUGAGAACGUUCGACCAUUUCGGAUGGACCAAGUUCCAGGUCACGCUCGAGAUGGGAGCAUUGUGCCGUAAAUGGGCGUUGGGUUUUUUCUUGCAGCUGAUACACUACCGAUUGCCGAUCAUUCCCUGUGAAAUGAUCCUCGAUAACCUGGAGGACCAGGAUAUAUAUAAUAUUUGCGUGGCGAGUUGUCGCAAAAAUUAA